GAUCCGCGGUGGCCAGGACGCAGACGCCGCCUGAGGAAGUCGAGCAGCUCCGCCGAGGGGCCGGGAAGGCUAGUUCCGGGGAGUGGCUCCUGUGCCCUCCGCCAGAACAUCCAAGCAAACAAGGAGCAGAUUCGUUGUGUGACCCUUUCUCAGAUUAUUUUUGGAGAAAAACACUGGAAGUAUGCACAGGCUUUGACCAGCCUGGCUUAUGGCUACCUGACACUAAGAGGCCUCCCAGCUCAGGCCAAGAAACAUGCUGAGUCUGCCAAGGACACACUGCUAACCUGGAAGGAAAACACGACCUCAGACAAGGAAAAAAAAGAGAUCCUGGAAGCUCUGGUUAUGCUCUACUACACUCUAGGGGUGGCCUGGCUCCUGCAGAACCAUGGCAGAGAGGCUUAUUUCAACCUGCAAGAACCAGAGAGAAACAUGAAAGAAUGGAAAGAACUGUAUAAGGGAGGCAUUCAUAGGUUACAAGUCUCCCAGAAAGACCUAGCGAUUGCUUUGGCCAGAGCCUCCUUGGCCAUCCGCAGGUUGAACCUGGCUCUGGCAUACUUUGAAAAGGCAAUUGGCAGUGUUGUGGCCACUAAGGGUGAUAGGUCAUUGGAUCUGGUCAGUCUGUAUGAGGAAAUUGCUCAAAUUGAACAGCUGAGGAGGAACCAUGACCAGGCCAUCCAGCACUUAAAGCAGUUCCAUUGUAUCUGUGUUUCUAUGUUCACUGAAGUCAGCCCCCAAACUGCAGAGGCUAGUGCGCUAGUAGCCAAGGCUUAUGGCAUGUCUGGAGAGACCCAACACAGGGAUGCUGUUGAGAUAUAUUUUAUCAAAAGUAUCAGUGCAUAUCAAGCAACACUGGGCCCAGAGGAUUGUGAAACACUGACAACCAUAGAAGAAUUUUGCAAAUGGCUCAUCCAAAAUGGGGAAAGACAGUGUCUGAUGAUUCAAAUUCUCUUAUAUGGGAGUGAGCACAGCAAAAGCAGAGACACAAAAAAAUCUCCUUACUCUCCUGCAGAGGGGUCAUGCAGGAGGACCUUCUUUCCUUGUAGAAUUUUCUUUCAUCACAAAAUGGUAGGAAAAACUUGGAUGUCUCAGUAGCUAAACACUGAUACAUGUUUAUGUCCAAAUAAUAAGAUGCAUGUUUAUGACCAUAAUAUGGUCAUUCAAAAGUAUGAAGUAGAGCUGUAAAGGGUUAUGGAAAAACACCAAAGAUAUAUUGGUAGGGGUAAAAACAUGAAAAAAAAUGUAUUAGUGAGCAUUAUAUGUAGUAUAACCAUAAAUACAUGUAAAUAUGUAGUCAGUGAAGGUAACAGAAAUUAUCUCUGGGACAUAGGAUUAUGGGGGCUUUCAACUUCUAUGUUAUAUAUUUGUAUUAUUUGAAUUUUGUUUUCUUUUGACAAAUAUAUGUAUCUUUGAUAAUAAAGAAAUUUUUAAAGAGUAUGGCAUAUAUGUCAAAUAUUAACAUACAGUAUUAUGUAUUAAAAGAAUGGACUACAGCCAGAUGCCUAGGUUAUACUCCCAGCUGUUAUUACUUCUCAGUGUCCUCAGAUAUAAACUGGGGACAAUAAUACCUACUUUGCAAGGUAUUGUGACUGAUUGAAUUAAUAUAAGUAAAACUGCUCAGAAAGAUGACUGAUACAUAUGUGCUAAUUAGAGGUAAUGAUAAGAGAAUGAUUAGUAAUAAGCCAUUAUAUUGUCAAAUAAAAAAUCACCACUGAUUUUAGAGUGAGCUGUAUUGGUAGAACAGAUUUUUGAGAUUCCUGUUUGUCUAGUACUUAAUUAAAUACCUCCCCAAAUCAGGAACUCGCUCAUUAUCUGUCAAAGUAGACAGGAUGGUACUAGUUAGAAGACUAUAGUUUAAGGUCAUGGACUUUAGAGUCAGACAGACUUGUGUUUGAAUCAAUGCUCUGCCAUUUUCUGUGUGUCAUCAGGCAAGUUACCCUGAGAUGUUUUCUCCAGUGAGGAUUAGAAUAGUAUCUGUACUAUGGAAACAUAAUGAAGAGUAAAUGAGAUAAUUUACAUAAAGCACUUAGCACAGUAUCUAGUAUAUGGUAAGUGCUCAAUAAAUAAUAGCUUCUCUUACAACUCCUAUUACAAUAGUUAAUCAUCCAAACUUACUGGAAGUAUCAAAGUAUGGUGUAUCAACUUCAUCUUUGUCCUUGUUAGAUAUCUGUAGGACAACUGCACGAUGAAGUUACAUUGGGGUAACUUUUGAUGGGUCUUAAACUAUAGAAGCCAACAGAAGGAAACAAAGAAAACCAUCCUUUUCUCUUUACAAGGGGGGAAAGAGAGAAGGUACCUCAAUACCCACUAAUCUAUGUGAUCUACUGUCCUCUUGGUCAUGUGAACAAAAUAGAAAGAAGCUUCUGGGCUGAGGGGCUGGGGGUGGAAAGCCAAAGAAAAGUAGGAUUUGGGGAGAUUAUCUCCAGAGAGCACUGCAGCAAGGAGGGGAAUAGGUGAUAUGCUCAGUAAGUUUUGUGUCAGCCAAUCCAGUGUUGGGUAAGACUUUAGUGAUAACAUUU